CAUAGCCUAGGUAGGAGGUGAGUGAUAGAAUGGGCCACGACGACGAUCCCAACAGCAGCAGCAGCAGCCUGUGGGACUGGGACAGCGUCUUGUUGCUGGCACAUCCAAGUGAUAAGGGAGGCGGCCAUGGCCAGGAGGCGGAGCAGGGGGGAGCGGAGGCGCCAGGCCACAGCCACCAGCAGCAGCAGCAACAGCAACAAGAGCAGCAGCAACGGCGGCGGCGAGAUCCGCGGCUGAGCUGCCCCAACUUCCUGGCGGGCCGAGUGCCGUGUGCGUGCUCGGAUGAGGAGGACGAGGAGGAAGCGGAGAGGUCCAAGAAGCGUUCCAAGCUCUCUAGUGCUCGCUGCCAGGUCCCCGCCUGUCACGCAGACCUCACUGCUCUCAAGGGCUACCACCAGCGCCACCGGGUGUGCCUCACCUGUGCCAAUGCUACGUCCGUCUGGGUGCGCGGCCAACACCAGAGAUACUGCCAGCAAUGUGGCAAGUUUCAUCCCUUGGGCGACUUUGACGAGGGCAAGCGGAGCUGCAGGAGGAAGCUCGAGAGGCACAACGACAGGAGGAGGCGCAAGCUGCCCGAGUCUGGCGACACUAGCGUGGUCAGCGACAAGCAUGGCACUGCUCCCAACACCACUACCAACUCAGAUGUCAGCGACGUCCAGCAGGGCGUGGCAGGAGGAGGAGGAGCUCCCUCUGCGAAUGACCUCUACUGCCUCCGCUCGCAUGCCCAGCGCUUGCUACAAGGGAGCAAGCCACCCUACCAUGAAGGUGACGACGAUUCAUUCGGUGUUGACACCAAUGUUGCAAGCGGGGAGGAGUCACUGCUUGCAAUGCUGCUGGAAGAGCAGCAAGAGCAACACAACAACCAAUCCGUGUCCACCACGUCGGGCUUCCCAAAGCGUACCACCUACACCUCACCGUGUCCAACAAGGCGGAUAUCCUUCAAGUUUUAUGACUGGAACCCCGCCGACUUUCCACGGAGACUUCGAGGACAGAUUAUGGAGUGGCUUGCCAAUAUGCCUGUGGAGCUUGAAGGCUACAUCCGCUCCGGGUGCACCAUCCUCACACUCUUCAUCGCCAUGCCGCAAUCACUCUGGGCCAAGCUGGAGGAAGAUUGGAAUGACUACCUUGUCAAACUUACCACCGGUGCUGAGACUGGCUUUUGGGACAAAGGCUUUGUCUUGGCAUUUCUAGGCAACCAAGUUGCAUACAUUCACAAUGGUUCAGUUUCGUCGCCGUCACUUUGUGAAAGAGCAACCAAGAAGUAUCCAGUAAUUGAAGCAGUGUUUCCUCUCUGCGUAGAGGCAGGAACUGAGGCGACCGUGACCCUCACGGGGCACAACCUCUUGAAGCUCAACUCGAGAGUACUGGUUGCCUCACGGGGAAAGUAUCUCCCCUGUUGCAUACGCGCUUCCAGCCACUUCUACACCAGCAUACAGAUUGAUGUGCUCGUCCCCCAAGGACCGGGAGUUGCCUUCGUUGAGAUAGGCUAUGAUCAUGGGAUUAGCAACUCCGUCCCGCUUCUUGUAGCAGACAAACAGCUGUGCGAAGAGGUGCAGACGCUGGAGCAGGAUUUGAAAGCUUCAAGCUCUGGCUGCUGCUCGGGGCGAGAUGUUUGCAGGCUGGAGACACAUGAGGUACUGGUUGACCUUGGUUGGGUGAUCAGUCACACCUCUCGGGCCAAACGGGUUUCUGCUACGCCAUUGCACGUUUGCCGUCUCCAACGGCUUUUAGUGUUUGCUGUUGAAAGAGGAUGGACUGCUGCCACAAAGCGAAUCUUAGAAGCCGCUCGACAAAUGGGACAAUCUGAUGGAGUUGGUAUUGAAAAGGCUCUCCAAGCAGCAGUGGCGCACAACAGGGCAGACAUUAUCAAAGUUCUGCUGCUUUAUCAAGGCAAACGAGAAGCAAGCCUUUACGAGGGGUUUGCGGACGGGCGUGCUGCUGCUACUCUUGGGAGGCUGUGUAGCACACGCCUUUUGCACUCGAGCAGCCUGAGAUACAAGCGAAGAACCAUUGUCAAAGUGGCAGUGGGACUUGCUGUGGCUUGUGCCGGGAUCUGUCUCGUGGUCCAGCAUCCUCGUCAAGUGUUCCACAUCUCUACGUCACUGCGACGCUGCCUGUGGUACAAACCAUAAGGCUGACAGCUGGAGUUUACAUGUACUGAAGCACAAUUUGGGCAAAAACUAAUUUACAAGAGCUCUAGCUGGAAGCUUGAAACUUAA